AUGGAUCCUAACAAUCGACACUCACAGUCUGAUAUAUACAGCACUGAUCAAGAACCUUAUGGCGCUGGUAGUUCUUUCGGUACCGAACUACCAGAUAAAUUUAGGGAUAUGUCAAAAAGCUUUAGCAAUUUGUCUAUGUCAAAUAUUGGCCAUGACUUAUCGAUGGAUUACAUGAGAAGUCCUUCUACAGUUCGUUCUUCGAAAAUACGCUGGGCAAGAAAAAAUCCCAGAUUUGAUCCGGAUAAUAGGAAGCGUCAACAUGAUCGUGUAAAACAUAGUGCUUCGAAUAACUGCAAGCUUCACCUUUCAUUACAAAACCACGCUGCUGCUCAAUUACGUUCCGACUCUUUAUUAUUACAAGCAAGUGAUAAAAGAGAUUUGACGAGCCUAGUAACCAGAGUGAAAGAGCUAGCAGCAAAGCUCAGUGCCGCCAGAUUAACUUUUCGUUUUCGUAGAGUUUUGCUUAUUUCAAGCGAUGGGCCGAAUUCUUUGAAAGCAGCUGUUCAAGUGACACAAUGGCUUUUAGAUAACUUUGUAGAAUCUUCUGCUCAGCAGGAUUUUGGAUCCAGUUCUACGGACUCUCAAGCCCAAAUGUCAUCGCCUAGCUCUAAUGAUCGUUCAGGAAGUCCUCCGCUUCUAGAGAAGAACUAUAGUUCAAAAAGCCUCAAGAGCAGAUUUUUUAUUUAUUUGGAAGAAAAGUUAUCUACUCUUCCAGAAUUUGAAAGUUUUAUUCCUAAGGAAAACGUCCGACUUUGGUCUGCUGAGCUUUGCACUCAACAGCCCAAUGUUUUUGACUGUGUGAUUACUAUAGGGGAUGAUAGCACGGCUUUACGUGCUAGUUGGUUAUUCCAAGAUGUUGUCCCUCCUGUUAUUUCAUAUAGUAUUGCAAAUCCAGGUUUUCUUAGUGUUCUUCCUAUCAACAACUAUCAGCAGACGUUGGAUGUAAUUUUUAGGAAAGGAUUUACUGUCAAUCUUAGGAUGAGGUUUCAAUGUUCAAUAAUGCGUUAUGUUGGUGAGAAGAAAACACACAUUUGUGAAGGCCAGUUCUCGGUCUUAAAUGAACUCCUAAUUGAUAGAGGUCCAAAUCCUUUCAUGAUUAUGCUAGAUUUAUAUGUUGAUAAUGUGUUUAUAACAUGUCUCCAAUCAGACGGGGUGUGCGUGUCGACUCCCACUGGUUCAACUGCGUACUCUGUGGCAGCAGGAGGUUCAUUAUGCCAUCCAGGAAUCCCGGCAAUUUUAAUUAGUGCAAUUUGCCCACAUAGUCUUUCUUUCCGCCCUAUAAUAUUACCGGACAGUAUAACUUUGAGAAUUGUCGUACCUUUGGAUGCACGAAGCAAUGCUUGGUGUGCUUUUGAUGGUCACCAUCGUGUUGAACUUGGUUUAGGUGAUUAUAUUUCAGUUUCUGCAUCUCCUUUCCCUUUCCCUUCUUUCAAUCGUUCUGAACAUUCUGCCGAUUGGUUUGAUGUUUUACGGCAGACACUCAACUGGAAUGACCGCAAAAAUCGCCAAAGAGCCCACCACUCGAGAGAGUUUGGCUUGGGCUUACGCGAAUAA